GACAGCGCCUUUCAAUAAUUUUGCGGUCCGUGAAUUAUCGACUUUUGUGUGGUAUGAGGUGACGAAUGUUUAUGGUCGGAAGGAGGAAACGGAAGUUGAAGUAAUCGGUUAUGUUGGACGAUUUUCUCAAGCAGAAAAUGCCCGAAGAGGGCCUUCGAAUGGAUUAGGCUUGGAAUGUGAAACAAAUGAGCCACCAAUAACUAAGAUUGGAACACGCAAAUGGCGAUAUCAUCAAGGACGGAAUCAAUUUUGGUGCGAUGGUCGCAUCAUUAUGGCACGGCAGAGUUCCAUCUUUCUUUUUACUUUGAUGGUUAUCACUGGAACGAUGGGUCUAUUUUUCGUCUUUGAUGCACCGUAUCUGUUUUGGAACGUCUCACCUGCUCUUCCAAUAGUUGCUGGAAUGCUACUGUGCCUUGUGCUAAUUAAUUUAUUCAAGACAUCAUUUUCUGAUCCGGGAAUAUUACCGAAGGCCACAAGUUUGGAAGCUAUUGAGAUUGAUCGACAAAAUGUUGCAGAAAUGUUGGAAGCAGUGCGAACACCACCACGAACGAAAGCAAUACGCAUUAACGGGCAACUUAUUAAAUUGAAAUACUGUUUCACUUGUCGGUUAUUCCGUCCACCGCGUUCCUCUCAUUUGUCACAAAAAGAGAAUGCUUUUCUGGGUGCCGUAAGACAAAGCCCUAUAUCGCUUGUAAUUGCUUUAGUAUGUUUUUUCUCCAUUUGGUCAAUAUUUGGUCUUUCUGGUUUUCACACGUAUUUGCUGUUAACGAAUCAGACAACAAAUGAAGAUAUCAAAGGAACAUUUAAUUCGAAACGAUUACCACAUAUACAAAACCCAUAUACCACUGGUUCUAUAUUUUUCAACUGUUUCCGAACAUUAUGCGCUCCGGAACCUCCAAGUUUAAUUGACCGGAGAGGAAUUGUUGAACCUGAACCGACUGUGAUAGUGAAGAACUAUGGUGCAACUGAUGGUUUAGAGCGACGAUCAUGCGAAAUCGUUUUAGGCUGA